ACGUUCGUCAACACGGCCGGUGCAACGCCAACUUUAACCGAAAUCGAACAGAAUUUCUAGCGACCCGCACGAUUCGAACUUUAGUGUCGGGCUAGUAGAGGGCCAGUGGCGACGAAGAGCGUAGCUUUGAUCGCGUCCGUGUGCGCGUGAAGCAUCUCGUGUUACAUCUGCCGACGAUCCGAACGAAAUAACAACUCGAAUCUCAUAAGUUUUACUCCAUAUUUUUUGUGCAUUUUCGCGAUUAUUAUUGUCGAACGUUGCAAUGAUCCAAACGGACGGUUAUAAUAGCAUCGACCCUUACGUCGAUGGUUACAUGGAACAAGAGGAGGAAUGGGAGCGGGAGGGAUUACUCGACCCGGCUUGGGAAAAGCAACAAAAAAAAACGUUCACGGCAUGGUGUAACAGUCAUCUGCGGAAGGCCGGUACCGGGAUCGAAAACAUCGAAGAGGACUUCCGCAACGGUCUCAAACUCAUGCUUCUGCUGGAAGUGAUAUCCGGCGAAACGCUACCGAAACCGGAUCGCGGCAAAAUGCGUUUCCACAAGAUCGCCAACGUCAACAAGGCGCUCGAUUUCAUCGCCAGCAAGGGUGUCAAAUUGGUGUCGAUCGGUGCCGAAGAAAUCGUCGAUGGCAACUUGAAGAUGACCCUCGGUAUGAUCUGGACUAUCAUUCUACGUUUCGCCAUCCAAGACAUCUCUGUAGAAGAAAUGACCGCGAAAGAGGGUCUCUUGCUCUGGUGUCAACGUAAAACCGCUCCAUACAAGAACGUCAACGUACAGAACUUCCAUUUGUCAUUCAAGGAUGGUUUAGCAUUCUGCGCCCUAAUCCAUAGACAUCGUCCCGACCUCAUAGACUACAGCAAACUGAGCAAAGACAAUCCCCUGGAAAAUCUGAACACAGCAUUCGAUGUAGCCGAGAAGUACCUCGACAUUCCAAGGAUGUUAGAUCCUGACGAUUUAAUCAAUACGCCCAAGCCCGACGAGCGUGCUAUCAUGACUUACGUGUCAUGUUACUACCAUGCUUUCCAGGGGGCGCAACAGGUAGCAUUUUAUACGAAACGUAACACGGCUAUGCCAGACGAACGGGCUGUGAUGACGUACGUCUCGUCUUACUACCACUGUUUCUCUGGCGCCCAAAAGGCUGAGACGGCGGCGAACAGAAUCUGCAAAGUUCUGAAGGUGAAUCAGGAAAACGAACGCUUGAUGGAAGAAUAUGAACGGCUGGCAAGUGACCUGUUGGAAUGGAUCAGAAGAACGAUGCCUUGGUUAGCGUCGCGCCAAACCGACAAUUCUCUCGCCGGCGUCUCUAAGAAACUGGAAGAGUACCGCACCUAUAGGCGCAAACACAAGCCGCCACGCGUGGAGCAAAAAGCAAAACUCGAGACCAACUUCAACACCCUGCAAACGAAACUGAGGUUGUCGAACAGGCCCGCCUAUAUGCCGACCGAAGGCAAGAUGGUGUCAGACAUCGCUAACGCGUGGAAGGGCCUGGAAGGUGCUGAGAAGGCGUUUGAAGAAUGGUUGCUUUCCGAGAUGAUGCGCCUGGAGCGUCUCGAACACUUAGCGAAGAAGUUCAAGAACAAGGCGGACGCGCACGAAGACUGGACCAGGGGCAAAGAGGAGAUGCUGCAGAGUCAAGACUUCAGAAACUGCAGGUUGAACGAACUGAAAGCGCUGAAGAAGAAACACGAGGCGUUCGAGAGCGACCUUGCCGCCCACCAAGACAGAGUGGAACAAAUCGCCGCCAUUGCUCAAGAACUGAACACAUUGGAGUACCACGACAGCGUGAGCGUAAACGCUCGCUGUCAGCGUAUCUGCGAUCAGUGGGACCGCUUGGGCGCGUUGACUCAGAGACGUCGCCAAGCCCUGGAUGACGCCGAACGUAUCAUGGAGAAGAUCGACAUUCUCCACUUGGAGUUCGCGAAGCGCGCCGCUCCGUUCAAUAACUGGUUGGACGGUACAAGAGAGGACCUGGUGGACAUCUUCAUCGUGCAUACGGUGGAAGAGAUCCAAGGCUUGAUCGAUGCCCAUUCUCACUUCAAGGCGACCCUCGGCGAAGCCGACAAGGAAUACCAGAGCAUCGUGGGACUGGUCAGAGAAGUCGAGGCUAUCGUUAAGCAGCACCAAAUACCCGGCGGCCUUGAAAAUCCCUACACCACACUUACCGCCCACGAUUUGACUAGAAAAUGGGGCGAGGUUAGGACUUUGGUGCCGCAGAGGGACGCGACCUUGCAAGCCGAACUGAGAAAGCAACAAAAUAACGAAAUGUUGCGCAGACAGUUCGCGGAAAAGGCGAACGCCGUCGGGCCGUGGAUCGAACGUCAACUGGAUGCCGUCACAGCCAUUGGAAUGGGCCUGCACGGCACCCUCGAGGAUCAGUUGCACAGGCUCAAGGAAUAUGAACAGGGCGUGUACGCCUACAAACCUCACAUCGAAGAGUUGGAGAAGAUUCAUCAAGCCGUACAGGAGAGCAUGAUAUUCGAGAAUAGGUACACUCAGUACACUAUGGAAACACUGCGCGUGGGAUGGGAACAGUUGCUCACUUCCAUUAAUCGUAACAUCAACGAAGUGGAAAAUCAAAUCCUUACGCGCGACUCCAAGGGCAUCACCCAGGAACAGCUCAACGAAUUUAGAUCUUCGUUCAAUCAUUUCGACAAAAACCGAACCGGCCGUCUCACCCCCGAAGAGUUCAAGUCUUGUCUGGUAUCACUCGGAUAUUCGAUCGGCAAAGACAGACAGGGCGAGAUAGAUUUCCAGAGAAUUUUGGCAGUAGUCGAUCCCAACAAUACGGGCUACGUGCACUUCGACGCGUUCCUGGACUUUAUGACUCGCGAGAGUACCGACACCGAUACCGCCGAGCAAGUGAUCGACAGCUUCCGCAUCUUAGCCGGAGAUAAGCCAUACAUCCUACCAGAUGAACUAAGACGCGAAUUGCCACCGGACCAGGCCGAAUAUUGCAUCCAACGUAUGCCCCCUUAUAAGGGGCCCGGAUCUGUGCCCGGCGCAUUGGAUUAUAUGUCCUUCUCGACCGCCCUUUACGGAGAGUCCGACUUGUAGACACCGAAAGGUCAAAGACACCCGUUCUUAUAACUGUGAGGUGAUAUUUUCUUAGCCAUAAUAGGGUUAAAGUUUACAAAUCGAAUCAUAUCUCAUAUUGCCUUUGUCAUUUUUACCCAAUCCCUUUAAUUUCCGAUCCGAGACAAAAGUUGUUAUAACCUAAUGGAGAAAAAAUAUUCACUGAAUUCGACAACUCGCCUGCACGUGGCGGGUUGAAUUAUUUUGAAGCGUCCCAUUGGCAUUUCAAAAUGCGUUGGCAAAUUCUUCGUACCAUGCACCGGUACAUGAAAAGGACCAUUUACGCCCUACUUAGAGUUAUAAUGCGAAUUUGGUGUAGUGUGCUACAUACCGGUACCUAGUGUGAAGGAUCUUGUACAAAACCAUCCUCCAUUUUUUUGUAUAUUUGAAGUUUGCUUGAUAUUAAUAUAAUUUUCAGUUUGUUGUAUCUCCUUCCCAGCAGCAUAUAAGAGUUAAUUUAUUUAUUUUAAGUUCGCUUUUCUUCCUACCCCGAUUUGUACAGUUUUUUUUUUAGUUUAUAUGGUUUUGCUGCGAAGGCUCGUUAUGUACAAAACGUUCUCCGCAGGAUGUUGUAGUUUUUUUUUUUCCUGUAUUUCGAUAUUGUGAGAGUAGGUCAAACAUUUUCGCUGUAACUACGAAAACACACAAAUCCCUAUUUAUUAUUUUCUUUUUUUUUUAAAUUGUGGUUUAUUUUUGAAAUCUUUAUUUAUAGCUUAUUUUCGUGGCAGUUAUUUUAUUUUGUAGUGCCUAUAUGUUGAGAAUUUAUUUAUAUUAUGUAUUUAAGUGACAGCUAUAAAAUAUACAUAUAUUAUGUAACUGA